AAGGACGAAAACACGACAUUUACUCGACGCGUACGGUGUGCUGUCGUCGUCACGGUCUCGGAGAGCGUCUCCGCUGUCUCGGGAUGCCAGAGCUGUGUUUGUAAGGCGAGUCGUUGAGGGCGAGUGAGUCCAGAAAGGCACAGAAGUGAGGUUUUCUGACGGCGCACUUUGGCCUACUGCGACAGGCUGCGAGCGGGAAAGUCGCGACGAUCGCAGACGCGACACGACCGUAACUCACGAUAGCGACAGCGGUUAUACGCGCUCGUAGCUGGAGGAUAGAUAUAAUGUCGUCGCGGGACUGGAUGGGUGACGGAGCGGGUGAGUGGACGGGCCAGACACCAGCCCCGAGGAUCUUCAUCAGGUUCUGGUGGAGUCCGUGCUGCAGAUGCGGGAGCGCGGCGGGGGUUGCCCCGCUGUCUGCACGCGCUCGUCAGAGGCUAUGAGCAGCAACGAGUGCUUCGGUUGCGGCCGCACGGGCCACUGGAUCAAGAACUGUCCGAACGCCGGCCGCGGCCGUGGAAAGGGUCGUGGCCGAGGGAAAGAUCUCUUCUGCUAUCGCUGUGGAGAGCCGGGCCACGUGGCGAGGGACUGUGAGAGGACCGAGGAUGCGUGCUACAACUGUGGCAGAGGCGGCCACAUCUCCAGGGACUGCAAGGAGCCCAAGAAGGAGCGCGAGCAGGUCUGCUAUAACUGCGGCAAAGCUGGACACAUGGCCCGCGACUGCGACCACGCGAACGAGCAGAAGUGCUACUCCUGCGGCGGCUUCGGACACAUCCAGAAGGGCUGCGAGAAGGUCAAGUGCUACAGGUGCGGAGAGAUCGGCCACGUCGCCGUACAGUGCAGCAAGGCCAGCGAGGUCAACUGCUACAACUGCGGCAAGUCUGGCCACGUGGCCAAAGAGUGCACCAUCGAGGCCACCGCUUAGUCCCGGCUCUCCAUCGCCCCUCCUUUUUCUGAUUGAUGGUUGUAUUAUUUUCUCUGAAUCCUCUUCACUGGCCAACGGUUGGCUGAUAGAGGCUAUUCCCAGGCCAGUGAGCUCUUGACAUGUAAAAGGAGGAAAGGGGUGGAAAAAAAACUUUCCACUUUCUGCAUUUAAUACAAAAAAUGUUUAUGUUUAGUUUGGUAGAGGUGUUAUGUAUAAUGCUUUGUUAAAGAACCCCCUUUCCAUGCCACUGGUGAACAGGGAUGUGUGAGAUGUGUUGAGUGGAAGAGAUAGGCCUCUGGAGGCUCGUGGACCGCGGCCUCGGAGACAUCGGGAAAAAACAUGGUAAAAACGAACCAUACAGAGAUCAGGGAAGCGCUCGCUUCUGAACGAUUAGCAUUUUUUGUUUUCUGGAUGAGACUGAGGUAGCCUACGAGCGAUUGACCUGGAAAAGCAGCACAGGACACAUACGGUCGGGUCUGUCCGGGCCAAACCAGCAGUACGCAGCUAUGUGGAGAAAACAACGACAAAAUAAAAAAAUAAUACGCAACGUGUAAUAUAAAGCAAACAACUUUACAGCAUAUUCUGGAAACCUUGUGUAAUGACAGUUUCAGAAAUGAAAUCCUUUGUAAAACAUGGGCUGCUUGGUCAGCCGCGUUCAUGAUCCCAGACGAUGACGGAUGGAUGGAGUUCAGGUCGUUCUACCCACGGUGAAAACUUCAAUAAAAUAACAAAAGAAGAAAAAAAAUAAAUAAAACAGAUUUGGAGCUAGAAGAAAGGUGAAUGUUUUCACAGAAAUCAAAAUGUUAUUUUUGUACAAUAUCACUUAGACUACUCUAAAAAUAAUAAUGAUAAUAAUAAUUAAAAAAAAAAAACUUUCAUUUGCUUGUACUCAGUUUUUAAGUCGGAAGGUGAAUGCAACUGAAGUUCUAGGACAUAGAAAUGUAAUUUUAAACUAUCAAUAAAUCUGGAGGAGGAAGGGGUGUAAAGCCUGAAGCUUC